AUUUUUUAAUAUUAAAUUAAAAUGAUCAGAUUUAUAAGGAGCAUUUUUAAUAAAAUCCAUACAUAUACAUGUUAUUUUAGCACUGUUUCAGCCGAGAGCACAAAUAUAAGAAGAUUCCUUCAAAAUGACCAAAUAGAUGUCAGUAAAUUAAAUUUCUCAGAAAUUAAAAAUUUAUCGGACCAAGUUUUGGAAGGAUUGAAGAGCAAGAGAUUGGAAAGAACACUUGUGGUCAAGUUUUCAAAUAUCGUCUCAGACUAUAUACAAAGAGAUACAGAAAAUGGAAGAAAAUUAACUCUAGACGAUUACUUUUCACUUUUAGAUUAUAAUUACUUGACACAUUCAGAUAAAUACCUCAGUGUUUUGACAUCAAACAUAAGCUGUCUUUUGGAGGAAAAAUACAAGGAUUCCCAAGAGCUCCCAGAGGCGGAGCUUGGGAAGCUAGUGGACUUGCUCUCGAGAUUACACAAACUUGGAGUGUUUAAUAACCAGUUGUUUAAUUUUAUGUCAAACUAUGUUAAAUUGCUCGACGAUGAGAUGCUUUCAAAAUUCUCAAACCUCUCCCAAAAGUAUGGGUUGAGAACAAAGCAUAUACUAGAUUUGUGCUAUAAAGAAUGCUUAAACAGAGUGGAUACCAUGAAUAUCAACUUGACAUUGAAUAUGUUGAAAAGUUUCGCCUUUUUCUCCUUCGAAUACAGAGAAAUAUUCCUCAAAAGUAUACCCAGAUUGUCAGAAAAUGUAAAUUUAUUCUCGAACGAUGAUGUGUUAAUGUUCCUCAACGUUGCAAAAACAUUAAACCAGUUCCCAGAACUCAUACAAUUUAGAGACUUAAUUUUGUCAAAAACGAACGAAAACCUAGAAUCACAACCUAAUACACACUUGAUAAGAUGUGUUGGAGAACUCUACAGAGGGUUACGUAGUCGGGCCGGAAAGACCUUUGUUUCAAACGUUUUAGAUAAGAUUGACGAUGAUGAUUUCAGACUAGUUAAUGUUACCAACCUUGUGAAUGUGAUGCAUACAAUAAACUUUUAUAAAAUGAAAUUGACAUACUUAACUGACAUCUUAAGUAUUCUGAGCACGAGAAUGAAUGAGAUAGUGUCAAACAGAAACCUAGGACUGUGGUCUGAAAUCUUCAGUGUAUUACUUGAAACAGGAUGGUUUUCACUCCCGUUUAUGCAAUCCGCAAUCAAACACAUUAUAUCGGAACCCCAAGUGUUGUGCAGAGUCUCAACAUACCAAAUUGUAAGAGUACUACAAACGUUCUAUAAACUACGCUUUUACCACAAAGAAUCUUAUCAAACUCUCUUGGACACAAUUGAGAGGGGGUUUGACAUGUUAGUCCCGAAGUUUAACAUGAUAUCGGAGACUAUUCUGGCAGCUGCAGACGCAGAUGUAGCACAUGAAACACUAUUUACAAAAAGCCUGGAGUUUUUUAGUUCCAGAAUAAAGCAUCUGAACCUGCUUCAAUGUGAGGACGACUUGAUAACCGUCAUGACCAAGAAUUAUAUUUGGCCAAGGAAUGUGAUAACAAGUGCUUGGAGCAUGGCAGUGAUGGACUAUCACAAAAGAGAUGAAUUUAAAACUCUUCUGCAGUUGAUAGUUCAUAGAAAAUUUGCUGAACAGGACUUUGAUAUGAACACAAUAUUGAUGUGCCUGGAGGCUGCUGAAGCAUGCAUGGUUGAUGAGGUAAACAUGGAGCUAGCCCAAGAAAUUUCUGAUAUUUUCGGAGAUAAAAUGAGGUUUAAGGAAAUUAACAUGGAGGAAGAAGUGGAAUAUGAGACCUUGAGAGAUAAUAAACUAAGCUUUAACGAGUCUCAAAACAUACACUUCCAUAAAGGAAGAUCAAGGGCAACGAAGCACAUACAAUGUAUUCUGGAAAACAUCAAUAAGAAGGAUAUUCUGUUGAAGGUGUCUCCUCAUUACAACUCGCCUUACAUCAUCGAUAUCUGUUUCUCAAAGGAAAACAAGAAGGGAAUUGUUCUGUUCAGCGGUAGAGAAUUGUUGAGAAAUCAUAUAGACUCCACAUGGUCAGUUACCACCACAGGAUCCUCAAAGUUGAAAUUAAGGAUACUGAAUAAACAGAACUGGACUGUCGCCCAAGUCAGUUGCAGUCAGUGGUCAGUGCUUAACACGGGGAUGGAACGAAAGGACUAUGUUAAGAAACUCCUAACACAACUAGACAUAUCGUAUUAACUCAUGUUAAACUGUAAUAUAUACUGUGAAUCUGGU